AACGUGGGUAAAAUAUUGACAGUAGUGCCCCGGGGACAGUGCCAUCAGUCCCCUCACCCUGUCACCGUAGUCGACGCACUCAUACGAGCUACCUGUGACACCUAGGAAGACCCCUCGUUAGUACAGCUAUGAUGUCAUUCGCGCACUUAAGACAAACAUCCACGCAUCGUCUCGGAGGUAGCUGCACGCAGUCACGACACUUCUUGCUGGUCACAGUAUAUGGGUCAAACGUGUCAGUACGGUCAUCACUGCUUACCCACUAAACAAUCAGCGUUCAUCAUUUUGUCAUUUACAUAACAAGACUAUUUUGCACCAGGGCAUUGUUUUGGAGAGGGAGGAUGAUGCAGACACUGGUGUUUACUUGCCUUACUGUGCCAUCUUCGGCACCAAACCUUAACUUUUCUUGUGGUUUUACGAUAAAACAUUGCUUCAGUUCUGACAUUGUUUGAGGGACGAUAGCUUUAUUUAAUUCUGCUACCAAUUUCAAGAUACGAAGGAAAAGAACUGGCAUACGACAUUCUUGAGAUUGUACUCAUUUCGUGGUGGUCACUUUGUAUUCACUUAUCCAUCCCAUCAUCAAUCGGACGACAAACAUCCUGUAAGAGAGUCCAAAUACCGACCUAUACAAUUAUCUCAAAACAUCGACCCAACUAAGAAAUCACCGUGGAGUUUGAUCAAUCCAAAAUGGCGCCUAUCAGCAAGAAAGUCCCCAUCAAGCCCAUUCUUCCGUCGUGCCGUGUGUGCGGCGAUGAGGCAUCUGGGAUACAUUACGGGGUGACUUCAUGUGAAGGGUGUAAAGGGUUCUUCAGACGUUGCAUCGGGAACAAAACCCUCAUCGUGCAGUGUCAGAAAGAAGGCCAUUGUGAGAUUGGCAAGAAUACUAGAGGGCGCUGUGCUCACUGCAGAUACCAGAAGUGUCUUGCAGUCGGCAUGUCUGUGCAUUCUGUUCGUGUAGGACGUUAUUCUAAGAAACAGAAGAUGAAAAACCUUGCCGAGAUCCAGAGUCUGGCUACUCCUGAGCAGAUUGUUGAGCGGGAAAGAAAGGACCGAGAAAUUUACGCUCUCAUUCAGAAGGUUGUAAACGCUCAUGACGUCACCAGCUCUAAGAUGACAACAACAGCACACAUCAAACUGAAGCAAGACUCCCAACAGAUGCAUCCUGAUAGACUUCCUGUAGACCUGUCAGCCCUAUCCCUUCCUGGAGCCAAUGUUUGGUCCCACUUCUUGGAUGAACCUUGUGAUCUUGGAGACUUGUACUCUAGGAUUUGUACCGUCAAAGGAUACCUGACCGACGUCCUCACUCCCUCUGUUGUGAAUGUGGUGCAAUUCAGCAAGAAUCUACCCGGCUUUUGUGAUCUUCUGCAGGAGGAUCAGAUGACUCUUCUCAAAGCUGGUUUCUUUGAGAUCUGGCUCCUGCGGACAUGCAUGGAAAUUGCCUUCACGUCAGAUUCAGUGUCCUUUGGUACGGAGCAUGGGUACACUAUGUCCCAUCUUAGCAUGCUUGGCUGUGAUUACAGAUUCUGGGACGAGCUCUUCGAUUUCUCCAGGAGCUUCAACAAUCUCCAGCUGAUCAAGGAAGAAAUUGCUCUCUUUACCACCGUUGUUCUUUUCAGUCCAGAUCGCCAUGGCCUAGUAGAACCUAGUAAAGUAGAAGUACUUCAAGAUCGUUAUCUCGAAUGCCUCAAGAGGGAAGUGACAAGAAGGGACUGGAAGAACAAGCAACUCUUCGCAAGGCUCCUGAUGCAGGCUACAAAUCUACGGGCAGUAUCCGCAAUCUUCUUUAAGAGCACGUCCGAAUUCAGGCACGCAUGGCCUUACAUGGAGAUUCCUGCGCUUCUGCAGGAGAUUCUCAACUAUGACUGCUGAUAAGGCAAACGACAUAUUAUAUGUUGAUAGACAUUAUGUAUAUGAAUUGGCUGCGAGGGUUUACCUCUAUGUGUGCAAUGUUGUCUUUGCACGUGCAUGUGGCCUGCAUGGCGUUAGGACACUUGACUGUGAUGUUCUUUUUGACUUGUCCUUGGGUCUCACUUGUUAAAAGGAUGGUACCACUCAUUUAUUGAUAUUUGUGUUAUGUGUAACGGUUUGCUUUGCUUGGCCUUAACGCAUCUUUAUAGUGAUCAUUGUGUGGUAAAGUAGAAUUGCUACAAAUGUACUAUGAACAAAUUGUGUGGAAAUCGUCGGCCUGGUGCAGACGAUUUUUACACUACAAGUUCCUUGUAUUUGUUUUAAUAUCUUAAUUCUUACUGUAGCCGUUAUGGCACAGUUUCAUUCUAGAUAGCUGUAGUGAUAGGGGCAUGAUCAGUCUGUACUAGGGUAGGUUUUUAGCAUUCAUCUUCUGCUGGACAGAUUGAAUUUAGCGUCUAGAUAACAGCAUGAAGUGCAUGUUGAGUGUCUUAAUGACGUUUAAGCACUGUUGAACAGUGAGAAUAGUCCAACAUUCAGUCUGUUUCUGGUUAGAGACCAGCUGACCCGAACGUAUGACGAUAUGCAUUCAUAUAUGUACCAUGACUAUGUGUAACAUUGUUUGUGUAUCAUACUCUUGGAAGGAAAGUCUGUUGUUUUGUAUGUAAGCCAAAGAAAAUUCUUAUGUAACGAUGAUUUUUGUACAUAUUGCUAAAUCAGGGUGAAAGUAUAUAUAUUUGUGGAUGGUGUAGAUAUGGUUGGAAAUGCUAAAUACACCAUGACAUGUGAAAAACAAAGAUGUAAAUAAGAUAUAUUUUAUCUAUAUGAAACCUCAUUGAGACUGAAUUUUAUCCGACUUGAAAUAAAUAAAAGAUUUAUAUAUCAGUUCACUCGUCAGGAAGCUGAAAAACGAGAAAAUGCUUUUGACCCUCCUAAGAUUCAUUACUUCUAUUCAGGC